UUGCCAAGGGUGUGAGCUAAUAAGAACAGUUCCUGAAGUUAAGAAAACAAGAAAGACCUGUUUUUAGGCAUUCUCUUGCAUCAUCAGAUUUUCGUUUCACCUGGACAAGCCAAGGAUGGAUCAUUCAUCUCAAAAGAAGGAAGAGGAAGGGUCAUCAACAAGUCAUCAUGCUGUUCAGCAGAGCCCAGAAAGGGAAAGACACACUUUCACGUUCAAGUACAAGGACAAGUCGUACAUUGUGGCAUGUGACAAAUCCCAGACUGUGAUUGAUGCUCUCAAUGAUAAUGGUAGCUUUAAGAAAAUUAACAACAACAACAUGCAGACAGAAAUAAUUAUAAAAAGAUCUGAAGGGAAAUUCCAUGGAGCUGCUGUGAACACUGAUUUCCCCUGCUGUCUUAUUGAAAGAGAUGAAGUCUUAAAUAUACAAUUCAUCACAAGAGAAAAAAAUGCUUCUAUAGAACAAAAAUCAACUGAGAAGACUUCACUUCAACAAUCAACUGAGAAGACUUCACUUCAACAUCAAAAAUUAGUUGUCCUCUACAUCAGAACAAAAGGAGAGGGCAAAAUGAAAAUCAUAAUAAAGAGCACAACACUGAGGACAGUUGACUAUGUUUGUGUGUAUGCAUUUGUAGGAGAGACAUUGGAAAGUGCACUUUGGCGUGAUGGGCGAUUUGUGGAUGAAAUAUUUGUCAGAGGCUCUGAGCUCAUAGAGUAUGAUGAUAAAAAAGAAAGAUACAUAAUUUCCUUGGUUGUAGAUUCUGCUUGGAAUGAAAAACGUUUCCAGGUGAAGGUUAAUAGUGUUGGUAAAAAGCAGCAACCUGGCAAAAAGCAUUUAAGUAGUGCAAAGAAGGAAAGUAUUGAAGCUCCAGCUGGUGCUCUGGCAGUUGAACCCAAUGUCCAUCAAAGUCAAUAUCCCGUCAACACUGAACAAAAGGAGACUCAAAAGGCAAAGAUGAUAAAAUCAACAAAUCAGAGUGGGGCUCAAGUUACUGGGGAUUUAGAGAACACUGAGUACAAAAUUCUGUGUAAAGAUAUAUUGGAGAAGCUAAAAGACCCCGAGGUUAGAAAGUUGUACCAAAAAGAAUUUGAUAAAGGCUUUAAGAGUUUCACUGAGGUGACGAAAGUGAAGCAGCUCAUGAUCCUGUCUGAUUCUGUAUGUCUGAUUGGAGUUGAGCCGAGUAAAGAUGAGCAGAUUGCUGGUGAGCAGAUUGCUGGUGAGCAGAUUGCUGAAGUUGAGCUCAGGCCUAGGAACUGGCUUCUUACUCUUUGA